UAAAUACGACUAAUAAGAGACACGCAGCCCACGCCUCCAAUAUCAUUUAGUCUUGUAGAUUUUUGUUGGUCAUUUCACCCUUUCCUUACCAAUGGAGUUUGAUACCAAAUCUAGAGAUUAUCCCUCUUUCCGACUGAUGGUUUCAUCAGAGAAUUACAUGAAACCUGGGAUCGGAGAUGGAUUUUCUUUAGAAAGUUGCUUGUCUAAAGGAAGUAUCCAAGAUUUCCCCCAAUUUGAUCAAUUUCAUUUUGAUCGUUUACCAGAAAAUUCAAAAUCCGGGGACCUUCUACCGUAUUUUGAUUAUUUUGAAACUUUAGCCGAUAGAUCUUCCUCUAGUUUUGAUGUCUCCGAACCUAAGUCUUUUAUAGAGGCUAGUGGUAAGGGGGUCAUGGAGAAAUUUCAAAAUUGGGUUUUCAUGAAUUGUCCCUCAAGAAUCAUGCCUGAUGUGAUCGAGCCAAAAAGAAUGACUUCCGCCUCCUUGAAUUUUCGAGAUCUACAAUCGCCUAACUUGCCAUUUUUGCAUGAGGAGUUCUCAUGCGUUACUGCAAAUCAAAAUAGGCUUUGUAUUGAGACGGGCAUGAAUACAAAAAAAUUUCGGAGUAGCACAAGUGAAGUCCAAAGGAAGACUAAUAUGGUCAAAGGGAAAUGGACCGCCGAAGAAGACUGCUUAUUAAUGGACUUGGUAACUCUGCAUGGAGAAAGAAAAUGGUCUACUAUUGCUGAAAUGAUGCAUGGGAGAAUUGGAAAACAGUGCAGGGAAAGAUGGAACAACCAUCUAAGGCCUGACAUCAAGGUUAUUUUUCUUCCAUUCUUCACCUUUUCUUUUAUUUAUAAUUUUUUUAUAAGAAAUCCAUUCAUCCAACAGAUUUUUUUUUUUUUUUUUUUUUUUUUUUUUGGGUUGGGGGGAAUAGAAACUGUUAAUCAUGUUAGAAAUGAUGUGAUAUUUGUCAUUUAUUUCUCAGUAAACAGUUUGGAGUCAUUGUUUUCUCUUCUUGUUAUGCUUAAAUGAUACAAUUGCAGCUUCAAUUA